CACAUCUAAUGUUCAGUGAAGUGCAGAUGGGCUGCGCAGGCGGCCAAUGAACGCGACGCGAGGCAGGAGGCGGUGCGUCAAACGCUCACGUUAGUUUCAGGAACUGAAGGGCGUGUCUGACUCAUUUCACACAGCAGAAAGUCCCACAGUCAGACUGACAGCGAGCGCGCGAGGAGAUCGACGGAUCGCUCGCGCUUUAUUUGUACAGAGAGACGCGUUGCGAUCCACACGCUCGCUUUUACAGGAAAGAGGGUGACGCGCGGAUAAUCGAUGCGUUUUGUGUCGUUUGUACUGCGUGACUGGAUUCAUGUUUGUCAUGUGAGGCGCGCGUGCGCGCCCACUCCUCGCGCUCGAUCUUUUUGACUAAAGUGGAGCCGAGCUCAUGUGGAGAGGAAGAAUGUACUGAUGGUUAGACUUCGAGGUUUUCCAUGAAUGCCAGAGAGCUGUGAAUCUAAAGCACUCCUUCGAUCCGGGCCCGAGUACAUGGGUGAACAUCGAAAGCUCAGGUGGUUUCUCAACAGAUUAUGAGGAAAUCGUCCCGCUGCGUCAAUGACGGGUAGGAUGGAAACGCCCUUCUAUCACGACGAUAGCGCUCCACACUUUGGACAAAUUCCAGAUUAUGAUCGAUAUCAAGGCCACAAGAUGAUUAGCAAAAAGAGCAUGGCACAUAGUUUCUCUGGCAGCGUGGCAAACACCUCCAACCUCAAACUGUUGCAGGGACCAGCGGGGAGCAACGGGGCUAACAUCAACCCAAACGGCCUCGGCAUGAGCGCCAAUCCCAACAGCUCGCUGAUGUCCUCGUCAGACAUGAACCUCCUGAAGCUCUCGUCUCCGGAUCUGGAGCACCUGAUAAUCCAGUCCAACCAGGGACUGGUGACCACCAGCCCGGCUCCAAACCCCUCCGCCAAUCCCUUCAUGUACCGAAACCACGCCACCAACGAACAGGAAGGAUUUGCCGACGGCUUCGUCAAAGCUCUGGCCGAUCUGCACAAACAGAACCAGCUGGUCGGAGCGCCGAUGUCUCCUACGUCCUCCAUCCAGGGACCCUACCAGAGGAACCUCAUGUCUGGUGGCGAAAUGCCAAUUUACACCAACUUGAGCAGCUACAACCCCAAUCAGAUUUCGUCCUCGUACCCGGGCGGGCAGAUCGCCUACGCCUCGGCUCAUGGUCAUCAUCCUCAAGGAAGGGGCCUGGACGCUCCUCAAACCGUACCCGAGGUGCCUCACCCUCCAGGGGCCGACCCUGCCGCUUCACCCCCUUCGCUGUCGCCCAUCGACCUGGAGACCCAGGAGAGGAUCAAGGCGGAGCGCAAGAAGCUGCGGAACCGUAUCGCCGCCUCCAAGUGCCGCAAGAGGAAGCUGGAGAGGAUCUCGCGUCUGGAGGAGAAGGUGAAGGUGCUGAAGACGCAGAACUCUGACCUGGCGUCCACCGCCAGCAUCCUCCGAGAGCAGGUGGCUCAGCUGAAACAGAAAGUCAUGAAUCACGUCACCAACGGCUGCCAGAUAGCCGUCAGCUCGGCCGGCAUGGCCAAAAGCGGGGAGAGCAGCAGCUGUUGAAGCAACCAUGAGACGCGCGCGAGGGUUCGAACUUUCUCUCCGUCUCCAGUGUCCGGCCCGUCUCACUUUUGCGAGAUGAAAUGACACGGUCAAGCGGAGAAGAGGGCAAGAGGCCGCUGACACGUGUGAGAUGGACACAAAGACGUGUUUAGGAUGAAUGUCUGAAGGAGCGUCAGGGAUGUGAUUUAUGCACUGCGGCAGCUGGGAGUUUAGUGGUGGAUUCUUGCAGGACGGGAGCAUUCUGCUCUUCAAACACGAUGGACUUUCUGCUUUACAGCUACACUUUGCACAACGUGCACUAUUAGUCAAACAUUUCUAAAGGAAGAUAAACACAUGCGUCACAUGGAAGUGAUGCCCCGCUUGUUUCUGAGUUUGAUGUUUGGAAAAGAAUGAAUCCCUUUAUACUGGUUUAACGUGUCACGUGUGUUCUGGUGAGUUUGGCGUGGAAUCUCUCGUCUCAAUAAGAUCAUUACGCCAUAAUGUUUGUUUGUUUGUUUGUUUUCUUACUGUGCAAUUUACAAGAAAAAAAGACACAAACCAAGAUUUUUGAAAUACUAUUACAAUACUGUUUAAUAUUGAAAACCUUGAAUAUUUACAGAUAUUGUGGGUUUUGCGUUCAUGAGCACUGAUGUGUGGUGUGUGUUAGUGCGCUACGGCUUCUAUUCACACAACAAGAUUCAACAGUGAAAUGAAGAAAAGGGCUUUCAGAUGCAAAGAGUUUUCAAUGGAAAUCAAUAGUAUUUUAUCAAUGUUUUUUUGUAUGAAUUAUGAAGCUCUUUUAUUUAUAUGUCAUUUCUAUUUAUGUUUUGCGUGGAGAGGUGGUGGCAGGAUGGAAUACUAGUGUCUUAUUGACACACUUUUUUUGGGAACUACAGUACACGACUGCACGUCAAUCUGAAACAUUAUAUAUCAUGUCAUAUUAUUUAUCCUCUGUACAGUAUGACAGUUUCUUCAGAAUUAUGUCCAUAAAUGUUCAUCGCUAAUGGCACAUGAACUUCUUCAAAACACUCAUCGAAUAAGAAAGUCCCUUCGUGUUUUAGGGAUCUACAGAAGAUCUGCUCUUGUAAUUGUUUUAAAGUCAGUGUCGCAAUGCCUUUCUUAUAAUUCAUGGAAUAUACACAGUAUAUAUAAAUAUCUCUAUUGAUAUAGAUGAUUCAUAGGGCCCGAGGCCGGUAUUAGACUUGUGCGACAAGACAAUAUUUAUUUUUGAAACUUGAAUACGGUUUUUGAUGUCACAGGCGUAUUGUAUUUUUGUACCAAACGGUUUUGAAAGUUUUUGUUAGAAAAGAAGUGUGUUUACAGUCUCUACUGUAUUUACUUGUAUCAUUCCGAAAUACUUUAUUUAUUGAAGUGGUAUUAGUAAGCAGUGUGGUGUUUUUUCUCAUCAUUUCUCUUCAGACCAGCGGUGAGAUUGCACACACAAACUUACUGUACGGUACAUUUGUUUCUAAGGUGUCUUUGACCGUUGAAUAAUGUUUGUUUCCCUGUCCUGCAGUGGCUGAUGGGAUGCGUAUCGCAGCCGCACGCUGUCGUGUUGUUUAUUGGGAUGUUAUGGGUGGGACGUGUGCCGAUUUAACGCUAAAGAUUGAUUGUGUGCUUUUGAACGGCUAAAGUGAAAAGAGUCUGACCAUUUAAAAUGAAGAAAACAGACGACAAGUGUUUUUUUAUCUUCGACAUGUGUCAUAUAAACUGGAGCUUUGAACAAUGAACAUAUUUUGAUGAUGGUUUACGUUGUGUGUCAUGAAAGUGGUUUGUGUGAUGAAGUCAACUGGAGAUUUUUUUCUCUACUUUGAUCCCGUUUCACACUCAACCGAACUGAAGGCGUUUGAAGGUUUAUCGGCAGUUGGUUGGAGGGUUUUUUACAGUCGGUUCUGAUGUGUUCCACAGGUUUGAGUGACUGAUCACAAUACUUGACCAAGAGGCGACUUGCCUCGCUGUGUUAUUAGUUUAUCUACUAUUUUACUUCAUAUGCGGUCUUCAGAUGUUGUUUAUUGUUCUCUUGUUUUUGUUUUUUUAAUCGACAAUAAAAAGGUGUAUAGCUUU